AUGACGGCAACCGACGUGCUGAGCGAUGCUGCGACACCUCUCAUUGCAGAAGCGCAGCAGAUUGCAAAGACGGCACACCUUCGGGAUGCCGAGUCAGAGCAAGAUGAAGCUGCGCCCGAGCCAAAAGAACACAAUCUCGUGCGCGCGAUGCAGCAUGUCCAGCAGCCAUGGCUCGCUGUGGAAGCGGUGCCUACUCUGCGCCUCGGUGCGGUGCGCUUGUCUGGCCUGAGAGAUAUGCGUCCAGGAUUUCUGCGUACUCUAUUUCACCCCUAUGUAGACGCAAGCGUCCCCGACACUUUCUGGGCGCGGCUAUGGUACGGAGACCGACUUGACUAUGCCGUACCGGGCCAGCCAACCACCUUUACAUCCCUAUUGGAAGGCGCUGCGUCGCUGAGCAGGGAUCUCUCGCGUUUGGAGCUCGUUAAAGGAAUUGAUGUGGCGCUCGAACCGUCAAAGGUAUCGACGGCGCAUCCCGGCGAAGACGUCGACAUUGUUUUGCGCGCCAAACAGAGCGGCCGCUUCUUUCUCAAGACAAACACGAGUGUGGGCCAGAGCGAGGGAACCGCGUCUAUACAGGGCAAGAUUCGGAACAUGUUUGGUGGUGCAGAGAGCUUGGAGGGCAGUGCGACGCUCGGGACAAGGACAAGACAUGCAUACAACCUUUUGUUUGCCACGCCCGUGCUUGCAAACCCCGAUUUGUGGGCGAAUGUAUCGGUCUUGUCGCAGCACCGCGAUUUAACAAGCUACCUGAGCGCAAACGAAGGAAAACAUAUGGCGCGCACCGCGCUCAUGUGGAUACCGUUUCCCGGCAUGCGCCACGAGAUUGCAUACGAGGCGAGUCAGCGUCACUUUCACCACUUUUUGCCCAGCGCCUCGGUCGCUGUCCGGCGCCUAGCCAAGCCCACGCUAAAGUCUUCGAUCACCUACAUGGCGGAGCACGAUACCCGGGACGAUCCAUUUAUGACCACCACUGGCUCUUAUUUCAAGACAUUGCUAGAGUAUGCCGGCCUGGGUGGAGACACUUCGUUCCUGAAAGGCGAAUGCGAGUACGGGAUCUCGCGUACAUUUGGCCAAGGCUGGGCUUGGUCCUACGGUAUGCGGGGAGGCUGUAUGCAUUCGUUGGAUGAAAAGCCCGUGUGCCUAAGUGAUCGGUUUAUGCUUGGCGGUCCUACCGACGUACGCAUGUUCCGCCUGAACAGUUUGGGCCCGAAACAAAAGUGUACGUGCGGAGCGAAACUAACUUUAGACGACGCUUUGGGUGGCACUGCAUUUUGGGCCAUGGGCCUUGGACUCGCUGCUCCUCCGCCCUUCCUUCAGGACUGGCCGCUCAAGCUGCACGCGUUUGCGAACAUGGGACAGCUCGCACAGACGCCGCGAAACAAGCCACUCUCGUUCUCGGAGCUGUGGCAGCCAUCCGCUUCCGCUGGUGUUGGGCUCUUUUUCCAGCAGGGUCCAAUCCGCCUGGAGCUCAACUUUGGCCUUCCCAUCGUCGCCCGGCACCUCGACGGCACGCGCAAAGGCUUCCAGUUUGGCAUUGGCCUCGACUUUCUGUAG